AAAAUACUUAUAAAUAGAAGGGCAAGCCAUCAGGUGAGGGUGGGGGUGAGGGAUGGGAGUUGCCUCAUCUCCUAUCUGCUGAGGAAGUCCUGAUCAGGGUCUCAGUAUAGGGGUGUCCACGGUCAGCUACACCCACACCACCCAACAAGCAGCCGCACGGCUUCAAACACUCGUCACCGAUGGGCUUUCUGUGUGGCGUGUCAUUUUGAUGUGUUUAGAGGAUGGAUCCACGGAACUUAGGCUGCUCAGUGUCAAGCACAGCGCUUUUGUGUUGUCGCCAAUGUCCAAGAGAUCGGGACAGUUUCACCUGUCGUCCUUUGAGGCACGAAGAUGAGGACGACGAUGUGCUGUGGGCUGAGGAGAAUCCAAAUGGCUCUUACUACACAGAUGGUGAUGAAGCCACACAUCUAUACAGACAACGAUGCUGUCCUUGUGAAGGUGGUGGAGAAGCAUUUGGGUCUGUCCUUACAGACCCAUCAGACUUCCACAUUCACAGGGUGUUAGACGAAGAUCAGGAUGCUCCUGAAGUGUGGACUGGACAUAUAUUCCCCUACCGCGAGCACACUAGCAGCCAUGACGUACACCAUCAUCCUUAUCGCUAUUCAGAUAGAAGUGAGGAGAAUGGUUGUGCAUGUCUUUAUACGCCAACAGAAAGCUGUGAAGGUGUUGCAGAACAAUGGACUUGCUCACCUUUCCCUUGUCUCGGUGUGAGCAAGACACUGCUGGUUGGAGUUGAGGUGGACAUUGUUGAAGAAUUGGAAUUUGAAGACACUGAGGUAUUACAAGAGCCCAUCAGACUGUGAUUUCUGUGUUUCAGCCCAGACAUGUUGUCCCAGCAUGUUUUGACGGAGAGUACACUGACACAUGAAGACCAGCUGCUUCUUUAACGUACCUGUAUGAUCACUUUCUUAGUUUUUCAAAAAGGUUGUUUUGUCAGUUGUUGGUUGUGUAAGCAAUGUAAGGUGAUAUUAAAAUGAAUUGGACCUACA